CGCCACACUUCAACAAGUGCAAAUAUCAAACCAAGUUUCUUAUUACGUUGGAGUCUCCUCAAGCUUGAAGAUUGUAGUCUCUUAGCCUUUUCUCUUUCCAAAAAGGCUAGCCAAACUUCCUUAUGCCGGGGCCAUGAGAGAUCACUAUCCAUCUUCCUCCUCUUUGUGGGAUUGAAAAGUUCCAUCAAAACUCCUUUGUGUGUGAGGUAUUUUUCUUUUGGUUGGAUUAUCGAUGAUGCAGAAACGUCAUCUUCACACUUAGCGACCGUCUCAUUUGUGAUGUCGCUCCUUAUUGCGGAAACUUUGGCUAUGCGAAAAGUCAUAACCUCUCCUCUCAACAGAGAGAUCAUCUCCCUCUUGAUUCACUCAGACUCUGGUGUUCUCAUCAAACUUUUAAAGUCUAUGGAAAGAAAGAUUGAGAUCGCAGUUCCCUUUAUCGAUAUCUAUCUUUUAUCUACUAGUUUUAUUGUUAUCCAGUUUAAAUAUUUCCCUAGAGCUAACAUGGUUAAGGCAGUAGCCAUUCAAGAUCUUUCUGUAAUAUUACUAGUUUGAUCUUUUAAUGAAUGCAGUUUCACAAAAAAAAUCUGAUGUUGUUUGUUUGUCACCUUACCAGCUCUCAUAGACUCAUAGUUACCAGUCUUUCUUCUUCUUCCUAAACCCUAGUGCCAUAAUUUCUACAUCGCGCGAUAAUGGCGGAGCAAACCACCACGGAUCCAACAUCAUCCGCGGCUCUUGUCUCCGUAUCUUCUCCUAAUCCUCCUAAGAAAGAAAACACCAAUCCUAUUGAUUCAAAGCUCCUCAUGGAACUCAACGAAUCAAGGGCCGAGUUGCUUAAUAGGAUCUGGAAUCUGAAACAGGACCUGCAAAGCUGGAGAGGCAAGCUGGACACACAAGUUCAAGUCUACCGUGAGGAGCUCUCUGGGUUAAAGAAGACUCUGAAUCUUGAAGUUGAGCAGCUCCGGGAGGAAUUCAAAGAUCUGAAAACCACCUUGAAUCAGCAGCAAGAUGAUGUUUCUGCCAGCCUUAAAAGCUUAGGCCUACAAGAUGACUCCAAAGAUUCAAAAGAGCAAAUGGUGGUGACAGAAGAGAGAGUGGAAGCUCGAUUGACUGAUGAGAAUGCGAAAGAAGCUGAGCCUUAGAGAUGAUGAUACUGUUUCUUCUUAUCAUCUUACCACUACUACUACUACUUCAACUACGUUGAAGUUGUACCGUUCCUUAUUAAAUAUAUAGUAAUUGCGGUUUAGUUAAUUCUAAUGAUGCACCACAACAAAGCAGUUGCAAGA